AUGGACAAGUUAGCUCGCUUGUGUAUUGGCAAUGUGGUUCGUCUGCAUGGAGUUCCAGUUAGCAUCAUCUUUGACCGGGAUCCCAAAUUCACAUCUAAGUUCUGGGGUGGAUUUCAGAAGUUCGAAGCUCAGUAUGGGAAGAUGUGCCAAACACCUCUAUACUGGGACGAGGUGGGCGAAUGGCAUAUUCUUGGUCCCGAGUUGAUUCAGACGACAUGCGAGAAGGUGGACUUGAUUUGUAAAUGGAUCAAAGUAGCCCAGUCUAGGCAGAAAGGUUAUGCGGAUCUGAGGCGAAAAGACCUGGAGUUCACUAUCAGCGAUAAUGUGUUCCUUAAGGUAUCACCCACCAAAGGGGUGAUGCAUUUUAGUAAGAAGGGCAAGCUGAGUCCGAGGUUUAUAGGGCCUUUUGAGAUCCUUACAAGGAUUGGGCUAGUAGUGUAUCGGUUGGAACUCCCUCCGUCCUUGGAUGGUGUGCAUAACACCUUCCAUGUGUCCAUGUUACAAAAGUACGUUCAUGACCCAAGCCAUGUUCUAUCACAGGAGCCGCCAGAGCUAGCGGCCGACAUAUCUUACAAAGAGCAACCUCAGAAGAUUCUGGAUAGUAACGUUGUUCACCUUCACAACCGGCCUAUCCACUAUGUGAAGGUGAAAUGGUGCAAUCAUCCUGAGGAGGAAGCAUCUUGGGAGACAGAAGUAGAGAUGCGGGCAAAGUACCCUUUCCUUGUUUUCCUACAAGCUACAAGAUCAUUGACCAUAGUACGGGUUUACCAGUGGAGGAAAGAUUCCUCAACCGACAGUGGGGGAAAUUCAUUGAUAGUGACUUUGUUGACUAUCCUCCAAGUACCAGCCCGGGAAGUGAAGAAUUUUAGAGAGAGUACCCUGGAGCGUCGCCUCACUUAG